GGAAACGUCAUACCAUAACCUUAUACAAACGCUUUUGUUACUUGUGUUUUUGCAAAAAAAUAUUGGUUAUAAGUGUGAAGGAAACUACAAACAGUUAUUUAUUUCUUAAUUUCUUUGACCGGAAGCUGUUAAGGAUGGAAUUAGAAUGUAUGGAACAAGACGAGAACAUGUACAUGAUGCAGUUCAAUGAAAAUUAUGAACCACAAGAUGCGAUGAGUUUUAAUAAUUCCGUUCAAAUUCCAAGUCAGGAGAAUCAAGUGGUAGAACAAGGUACAGAACAAGUUGAAGAACAAGUAGAGGAGGAGACACAACCUUUGUACAAACUACAAAACAUAGACACAGAAGCUUCAAUUAAAAAUGAAAUUAAGCAGCUGAUCUUGACUAAGGCCGCUGAAGAAAUAAGUGCGAAAUCUUUGGAAGAUAUGAGAUUUGAAGUAGAAAGUGAAAUUACAAAUCUAAGAAAUAAAACACAUCAGCUAUUAAACAAGACUGAAGCUUUAGUUAAAGAAGUUGAAACAGACCAUAGCAGAAUUGUGCAAUCCGAAGAAAUUUUGCUUAAAACCAAUCAAAUGAUUGAGUUGUUAAAAAAAAAUGUCGAAAAGCUUCAAGUGCGUCAAAGACAAUCGCAAAUGAUCGUUUUGAUGAAAAAUAGUAUAAAGCAAUAUACAAACUUGGAAACUUUGAGAAAAUUAUAUGAAGCUAAAAUCGAAAGAGAGAAAAAGAUUGAGGCUCUGAAAAUUACUGGAAAUGAGCGGAUUCUGAAUUUAAAAAAGGAACUUAAUCAAAGCCAGGCAGCUCUGGAAGAUAUGAGAAGAAAAUACGAAGAAUUCAAAAAGAACAUCUCGUAUUACGUCGAUGAAAUUGAGAAAAGUCUCACCAACAAGAAUUUGCUAGAGCAAAAACUUGCUGAAAUAGAAACGAAAAAGACAACUAUAGAGAAUGAUUUUUUAGUUGAAGCAGAGAAAUACGAAGCACUGCGUACGAAAGAAGAAGACCGAACUGACAAGUUAAAUGAAAUAAAGAAAGAAAGAAUCCAGUUGGAGCAGGAAUUAGAACAAAUGGUGCACGAAAUUGAUCAAAUAAAAAAUGAUAUUGCUGAUGAUGAAACUACAGUUUCUAAAAAAGAACUUGAAUUGAAAGAACUUGAAGAGAAGUUGAAUACUGAGCAAAACAGUUUUCAGGAGAUUUCAGAUGAAUUACAGAAAAAGUCUGAAGACAUGUCUUCCCGUCUAAAUGAAGUUGAGUCAGCUGUUGUCUCCUCUAUAGAAAAUAAUAACAAUUUACUGAAUAAAAUAAAUACACUCAAUGAUAAGUACUCCCAACUAUGUGAAGAGAAAUUAGCACUGACAAACAAAAUCUUAACACAACAAGAAGAAAUGCAUUCUGCUAAUAUUGAUUUAGUGAAAAAGCAAAUGGAAAACGAGCAUAAGCGUACGAAAAUUGAAGAAAUACAAAAUCGAUACGAGACAUCUGUAACUCUUUUGAAAUCCUUAGAAAAUGACAUUAAAAAAGAGAAAGACAAUGCCAACAAUCAAUUACAGCAAGCAAAAGCAAAAUUAGAGUUUGCACAAGCCGAACAUGACAACCGCUCGACGGAUAUGAGAAAGAAACUACAGUAUCUGCUCGUCAAUUCCAACUGUUUAAAGGAAAAGUGUGAAAACUUGCAGAGCAAAGUCAGUGAAGAAGAGAAAACUUUACACAACCUUGAAGAAGAGUAUAACUCAUUAGAAGAUCUUAAAGCGAAAAAACUUGCUCGUCGAAAUGAGUUAAAAGAAAAAUUAGCAAAACUUAAAAACGCUCCUACAGCGGAAGCGCCACCUAAAUCUAUAUUUAAGACACCCAGUACGGAAAAUGUCAUCAAGCAAGUAAAAUUUAAUGAAAUGCUGUCGUUCAAAUCUGCUACAAGUAGCGAUAAUUCUUCUUUGCCUGUGGAAAAUGUCCCGGAACGUACAGGACAACUGAAUACGUCUUUUCAAGAAUGGUUAAACAAUAUUAAUAAUGAGAGCGACGACACUUUGAAUAAGGAAUAUUAAAGCGAAAGGUUUGUUUCGUUUGAAGUUUGAAUAGCGUUAUCACUAUUUAGUUUUGUUAUUGUUGUUGUUGAUUUGUUAACUUUUGAAUUU